AUGGAAACUCCGGACAAUGCUGUGGCUUCAUACGAGUCAGCUGUGAAGAUAAUUUUGCAAUGGGAUGUAAGCGUUGCGAGAGGACAAAUGAGGUUUGAUGGAGAAGAUCACAAUGAGAUAAAUCAGAUCCACUGCUGGUUGGAAUUGACGACUGUGUCUGAUGAUGACAAGAGCAAGGCCAACAGUGUGCUUGAGAAAGCCAUGGCCUGGCUUGAGGAGGAGUUUGUCAACAUUUUGACCGGGACUGGCAACCUCAGUCUGAGCUAUUCAACUUGUUCGAGUCCAAUAAACUAUGAAUUAGUUGAAGAUGAUUAUUUAGACUAUGAUAUUGUGCCAUCUGAAGAAAAAAUCAAUGAUCUCCAGAGUAUUGCUGAAAGGAUGCACUCUGUUCAGUGUCUUCAGGUUUACAGGGGAGUAAGGAAGGAUAUAGUGGACAUGUGUUUUCAACGUCUUGGCAUCGAGGAAUUGAGCAUUGAAGAUCUCUGGAGGUUGGAGUGGCAAGUGUUGGAGCUGAAGAUCAAACAGUGGAUACGUGCAGCCAAGUUUUGUGUUCGAAUUUUCUUUCCCAAAGAGAAGCAACUCUCUAAGCAAAUCUUUGCAGGUCUUGAAACUGUUGUAGUUGAUUUCUGUUUUAUGGAAAUAGUUAGAGAUGCUACAGUUCAGUUAUUUGACUUUGUAGAUGCCAUAAGUACUAGUCGUUUAUUGCCAGAGAGGCUGUUCAAGUUUAUGGACCUCCAUGAAGCAUUGUCAGAUCUUCUGCUGGAAGUGGACGUUCUUUUUCAAUCAAAAUCAGCGGAGCCUAUUGAAAUCGAGGUUGUUGAGUCAUCUAUUAUAAUCCGGGCUGUUGACAUACUUUCUCAGCUCAAGGAAGUAGUCAGAGGGACUCUAUUGCAGCUAGAGAAAGAAGUGUGUCAUGAGCAGUCAACAACUUUGGCUCCAGUUGGGACUAUUCACAACUUGACUAGGUAUGUGAUGGAUUAUACAAUUCGGGUCUCUGAGUACAAGCAAUCUAUAACUUCAUUAAUUGUAUCUAAGCCAUCAACAGAUCUGAAAUAUUGGGAUGAUGGGACGGUUAUUGAUAUGGACUCUAUAGAAGUUGAGGGGCGAACUCCGUUGGCACUCCAUUUAAUUUGGAUCAUUAAGAAUUUAGUAUGCAAAUUGAAUGUCAAGUCCAAACACUACGAUGAUUUUGACUUGGCUCUUACGUUCGUGAUGGACAAUGUCGUUUACAUUUUUGAGAGAAUUAUAGGCUGUCCAGAAUUGAGGAUGAUGAUUGGCUAUGAUUUGUUAAAAAAUUAA